AUGCGCGCGAGUGGCGGCGGCGACGACGCUUGGUCGCCACCACCGCCAUCAGCGCUCCGCCGCCGCCAUCAUCAAAACCCUUCGGCCUCCUCGAUGAACGCGCGACUACGCAAUCCACCUCUCUACAAUAUUCAACAUCAUGCUCCUCAUAGUGAUUGGCUGGUGAUGGACGAACAGGAAAAGCGAAAACUUGACCGAAAACGUGCCCGGAAUCGAGCUGCAGCCACGAAAUGCCGACAGAAGAAAAUCGAUCGAAUCCAAGAACUCGAAGGAAUGUUUCUGAAGCGGAACGUUCAACCCGAGUGGUAG